CAUACCCAUUGUGUAGGCCCAAUGGAUUGCAUCUAGGGUUUGAUAUAAGUGAUUAGGGUUUUUAUUGCAAAACACAGUCGUCGACACACAGAAACAGAGAGAGGGAGAGGAAGAGGGUGAGGCAGAGAGAGCAAGCUUCAUCAAGAUGGGUAUUUCCAGGGAUUCCAUGCACAAGAGGCGUGCCACUGGUGGCAAGAAGAAGAGCUGGAGAAAGAAGCGAAAGUAUGAGCUUGGUCGCCAGCCAGCCAACACUAAGCUUUCUAGCAACAAGACAGUCAGGAGGAUCCGUGUCAGAGGUGGCAAUGUGAAAUGGAGAGCACUUAGAUUGGACACCGGAAAUUUCUCGUGGGGUAGUGAGGCAGUGACUCGCAAGACUCGUCUUCUGGAUGUGGUUUACAAUGCCUCAAACAAUGAGCUUGUUCGUACUCAGACUCUGGUUAAGAGUGCCAUUGUCCAAGUUGAUGCUGCACCAUUCAAGCAGUGGUAUCUUCAGCACUACGGUGUUGAAGUUGGUAGGAAAAAGAAAACAGCAGCCAAGAAGGAUUCUGCAGAGGAGGCUGAAGUUGUUGCUGAAGAAGUUAAGAAAAGUAGCCAUGUGCAGAGAAAACUUGAGCAGCGUCAGAAAGAUAGGCAACUUGAUUCCCACAUCGAAGAGCAGUUUGGUGGUGGACGUUUGCUUGCCUGCAUUUCAUCACGCCCUGGUCAAUGUGGCAGGGCUGAUGGGUACAUUCUUGAAGGCAAGGAGCUGGAGUUUUACAUGAAGAAAUUACAGAAAAAGAAGGGAAAGAGUGCUGCUUAAUUGAAGUGUUUUUCAAUUUAUAUAUGACUUCGUUUGUUUCUCUUAGAUACUGAUAUUUGGAACCAUUCAAGUUUAUGUUUUUUUUUGGUUGAGUGUUAAUUGGACACCUGGUACUAGUUUUAUCCAAAUUUUGCUCUUUAAUUACCGGAGUUUAAUGUUUUGCAGCUGUUAGUUGGACACCACUAGUUAUUUAUGCAAAUUUAGCUCCUAUAUUAUUCUUA